AUGGAUGUUGCGGCCGCCGCGGGCGUCGUUGGUGGGUUCUUGCAGGUCGUCUUCGACAAGUACUACGGGUCCAAGCUCGAGCAGUGGGCUGCUCGCUCGGGCCUGCGCGGCGACUUCCUCAGCCUCAAGAACCAGCUCCACAUGGUCCGGGCCAUGCUUGAGGCCGCCGCCGGCGGCAGCAGCAACGGCAACGGCCCCAACAACGAGUCUCUGCGCAGCCUCAUCGUGGAGCUCAAAUCCGCUGCCUACGCCGCCGACAACGUGCUCGACGAGAUGGAGUACUACCGCCUCAAGGAGCUAGUCGAGGACACCGGUGGCGGCGCCGGCGGCACACCGUCGUCGGCUCGCCAGGUGGUUGGCCGCCUGGUUGUGCCUGGUCCUCUCCUGUCCAAUCCAUUCAAGCGAGCCAGGACGGGCGCUGACGAUGCCUUGCAAGGGCAGGACGCUGGUACCCCCAAUUUCGAUCAAGAUGCAGUAUCCUCCAGGAUCAAAUCGAUAUCCUGCUGUCUCGAGCAGAUUGCAGGCAUGGUUCGGAGCAUCAUCGAGCUCGACAAGUUGGUGUCAAUGGCGAACUUUCGGCAUGUACAACCAGAGGUGGCAAGUCUGCGCCAGACCAGUUCCAUCCCCACUGAGUCUAAGUUGUUUGGGAGAGACGAGACUACCAACAGCAUCGUCAACCUUCUGCUUAGAGCAGAUCUAGACUCUAGAUACAGUAACUUCAAUGUUCUUCCCAUUGUUGGCAUUGGUGGAGUUGGUAAGACUGCUCUUGCCCAGUGGAUCUACAAUCAUCAAAGAGUCAUUGAUUCAUUUCAAGUGAGAGCCUGGGCAUGUGUCUCUGAUACCCUUGAUGUGCGAAGAGUGAUAAUGGAUAUAAUAGAUUCGGUGGACGGUGCCAAAGAAACUCCGCAGUUCCAUAGAUUGCCUAGUCUUGAUGCAACUCUGAGGACCCUGAUGAGGAAAAUUGAAGGGAAGAGGUUCUUGAUUGUUCUUGAUGAUGUGUGGGUCAGCAGACACUGGGAGAAGCUUUCUUGUCCCUUGUCCUCGGGGAUGUCUGGAAGCAUGGUUUUACUUACAACCCGACAUAGUAAAAUUGCUAAAGCCAUGGGCACAUUUGACAGUGUGACAUUGGAAGGUUUAGACGAUAAUGAUUUUUGGGUGUUCUUUCUACAGUGCACAAACAUCACAGAGGACCACACUUUGGUUCAAAUUGGCAGAAAAAUAGCUCACAAGUUGUAUGGCAACCCCCUGGCUGCCAAGACUAUGGGGCGAUUCCUUUGUGAAAACCACGACGAGGAGCAUUGGUGCAAGUUUCUGAAGAGAAACAUUUGGGAACUAAAACAAGGCCCUGAUGACAUUAUGCCGGUUUUGCUGUUGAGUUAUCAGCAUCUCCCUCUCAGCUUGCAGCGAUGUUUCAUCUAUUGUGCCAUAUUUCCAAGAGGCUAUAAGUUCACUGAGCAGGAGCUUACAUUUGCCUGGAUGGCACAAGGCCUCAUUCCAACACUUGGAGAGGAUCAAACAUUGGAAGAUGUAGCAAAGGAGUAUAUUAACGAGUUACUCAGUUGCUCAUUCUUUCAUAUAAUUGAGAGUGGCCACUACAUGAUGCCUGGAUUGUUACAUGAUCUUGCUCAGCUUGUUGCCGAAGGGGAAUGCCAGGCAACUAAUGGUUCUGAGGUAGUCUUUGUCCAAAGCAAUUGGCCUAGUACCAUCAGACUGUUAUCUCUGCCCUGUACUUUUCGAAAAGAGCAACUUGCAGCAGUUGGUAGCUUUAUACAUUUGCGUUACCUAGACCUCAGAUGGUCACGCUUUGAAGAAUUACCUGAAGCGGUAUGCAAGCUUUACCUUCUACAAGUUCUGAACAUAAAGCACUGCCCGUGCCUUCUUCAUUUACCUUCAAGUAUGUCCAACUUAUUAAACUUUGAGCUUCUCAUUGCUGAUGAAGGAAAAAAAUUACUCACAGGAGUUCCAUAUAUUGGUAACCUGACUUCAUUGAAUGUGUUGGACGAUUUCUGUGUUAGGAAAAUUAGGGGCUUUGAUAUUGCACAAUUGAAACGGUUGAGGAGCCUAAGAGGUUCAUUAAAAGUUCAGAAUCUUGAAAAUGUUGACGGCAAUGAAGAAGCUUCAAAGGCUAGAUUGAGUGACAAAAGGCACCUAACUGAGCUGUGGUUAUCAUGGAGUGUCGGUUCUUUCAUACAAGAGCCUUCAGAACAAUACCAUGUCCUGGAAGGUCUUGCACCACAUUCAAACCAAACUGUGAUAAAUUUAUCCGGUGGCCGUCUUGAGGUUUCUGAAUUUGAUUAUAACAGUAGCUCAGCCCCAAUAAAUGUUGUUCUACAAUUGCAUUGGCUAAAACACGUGUCUAAUUUUCAUAUUUGGGCACGGGACAGUCUUUCUGUACGCCCCGGGAAGCAACAGACAGAUCCAUCAGCAUGUAAUUCUGAACACAUAGCAAAUUCUGUACAAACAUCAGCAGAGAAAGUUAAAGUCACAGGGUGUGGUGUUACUGAUGAAUUAUUGUCAGCAAUUUUGGAAAAUGAAAUCUAUCCUUCAAGUUUGUCUAUAUCAGACUGUCCACAAAUAACAUCUCUUGAUCUUAGACCCCUAAGAUCACUAAAAUCCCUGGCAAUACAAAAUUGCGUAUCACUAAAAGAGCUCUUUGGGCUACAAUCUUUCACUGCUCUUAAGGAUCUGGAAAUGGCCAAUGCAUCAAGUUUUGCUGAAGCAUGGAGUGAACUGUUAAGAUCCGGAUAUGCAGGGCAAGGGCAAGUUACUACCUCACUGGAUUCUCUUACAGUUGACAGCACCUUAUUCCUCAAUUCCCCCUUGUGUGUAGUGCUCACUUCUCUGAAGAAGCUAACAAUUCGUUCGGAUUUCAGGGUCACUUCCCUCUCAAGACAACAGGAGAAAGCGCUUCUACUCUUAACCUCUCUGCAGGAUCUUGGAUUUAUACAGUGCUGUAACCUACAUUCUCUUCCCAGUAAGCUGCACAAAAUAUUCACUCUCAAGCAGCUCGAGAUAGAUUCAUGCCCAUGUGUUGAGUCAUUGCCAAGUAAUGGGCUGCCAGAAAAGCUUGAAAAAUUGAUCAUCAGAGGCUGCAGCGAAAGAUUGUAUACAAGUGUAUCAAUGAUGGAUUCAGAUAACAUCAAACUGCACUUAGUAGAUAGAUGA